UCACGCUGGCUUUAACCGUUAGAAUUCCGCGUGUUUCAAGAAAUUUGCAAGUUUUGCGCAGCAGCCGCAAAAGAAAAAUUAAUUUUUGCGAAAAGUGUAGUGAAUAUUUCCUAAUAAAAAAUGUAUACAGCUGUCAAGCCGUUGUCGAAGUACUUGCAACUGAAGUCGGUGCGCAUUUACGACGGCAUUUUCACACUGCACGCCAAAUGCACUUGUGCCAUUUUGUUGGCUUUCACUUUUCUGCUCUCAUCGAAGCAAUACUUUGGUGAUCCUGUGGUCUGCAUAUCUGGCAUACCACAAAAAGACUUCGUUGUAUCGCAUUGCUGGACCAUGGGCAUGUAUAUCAUGGACUACGACGACGGUCCAUCCGUAGCAAAUCUGACCAAAGAAAUCCAAUAUGGCUACAGCAGGCAGUAUUACAAUCAGUCACUGGAGAAAAAUUUGCUAAACAAUGUGCUGGGAUUGAAGAAUGAAAACGGACGUGAACGCAUCUUUCUACGCUACUAUCAGUGGGUUGUGCCCGUAUUGCUGCUGCAGUCGUUCAUUUUCUACCUACCGGCAUUUCUCUGGAAGAAAUGGGAGGGCGGACGACUCAAGAAUCUCUGUGCCAAUCUCGAGGAUACACUGACUCUGACGGAGAAAACAAACAAGCAUCUAAGCCGCUUGGCUUUUUACUUCUCUCAGGAUCACAAGGAAUCCCACUUGCACUACUUUGUCUGCUACACCUUCUGUGAAGUUCUGAAUUUCAUCAUUAGCAUUUGCAACAUAAAGCUGCUGAAUGUGUUUCUGGUCGACUUCUGGUCACAUUACAUCAAGGCCGUGGCUGCUGUGCCCGCCUACAACUGGGAUGAAUGGAAUCGCAUCACCACACGCAUCUUUCCCAAGAUUGCCAAGUGUCAGAUCCUGAAGUUUGGCGGCAGCGGAAGCUUAGAGUACCAUGAUAAUCUCUGUCUGUUGCCGCUAAACACAUUGAACGAGAAGAUAUUUGUCUUCUUGUGGUUUUGGUUCAUUUUGAUGGCUUUUCUGGCUGCUCUCAAGCUCAUCUAUCGCUCCGUCUACAUCUGCAAUCGUGGUCUACGUCUCCAAGUGCUGCGCGCCCAAACUCGUUUCAUGUCGAAGGCCACUAUUUGGCAUGCUGUGAGCGGCUUUAGCUGCGGCGAUUGGUUCUUCCUGAUGCGCGUGAGCAGUAAUAUCAGUCCAGAGCAUUUCGGUCAGUUGAUGCGCAUGGUGUGCGGCAAGCGUUCUGGCAUUGAAAAGUCUGGCUCGCAUAACAUUGACACCUCUUGAAUUAGUUAUUGGACUCUCAACUCUAGACGUAAUCACAAGCUGUCCUUAUAGAAGGUAAACCUUCUUUAUUACUAUUUACUUAAGGUACUGAACUCCCGUAUUUUUUGUUUUGUAAGUCUUUCGAUAUGACAUUAUUAUCGAAUUCCACUCUUAACUUUACUUGAAAUUGAAAACAGAACGAAGUCAACAAGGAAUAAAUUACUUUUCUUUUCAAUGAACACUUGAAAUUUAAUCUAGGCUAUCGUUUGUUUCGAUAGUAAUAUAAUUUACAUAUAUGAAGAUAUCAAUUCCCUAACUUUAAAUUAAAUUGAAAAAACAUACAUUAUUUUUCAAAACUAUUAUCACCAAUUUUUG